UGAGAAAAAUAAUAGAAAGCAAAAAAGAAGUAAAAAGGUAAGGGAAGAGGAGUCGAAUAGAAAACGUAAAAAACCAUUAGAAAAACACUCUUAAUUCCAUUGAUUACAAAGAAAGAAAGAAAAUCGAGUCACACAGCUUUGAUUUGGUGGUUGGUUUCUCCUUCUCUGAUAAGAGAAAGAGAAGAUGAACGGCGGUCCCUCGGGUUUCAAUAAUGCUCCAGUGACCAGAGCAUUUGUCAUCGCUAGUGGAAUUUUCACCGUUUUCUUUGGGAUCCAAGGCCGUUUUAACAAGCUUGGUUUGUCGUAUGAGGACAUUUUCAGAAAUUUUCGCUUGUGGAAGUUGAUUGUGUCUGGAUUUGCCUUUUCAUCUGCGCCAGAAUUGAUGUUUGGGCUGUAUCUGCUAUACUACUUCAGGGUGUUUGAGAGACAGAUAGGUUCUAAUAAGUACUCAGUCUUCAUCUUGUUCUCCAUAAUAGUUUCAUUCCUCUUUGAGGUCCUUGCACUGGCACUUCUUAAAGAUCCUUCUACAAACCUACUCACAUCUGGACCAUAUGGUCUUAUAUUUGCUUCAUUUGUACCCUUCUUCUUUGACAUUCCAGUUUCGACGAGGUUCCGUGUAUUUGGAGUUCGCUUUUCUGAUAAGUCAUUCAUAUAUCUAGCUGGUCUCCAGCUAUUUUUAUCAUCAUGGAAAAGAUCUAUGUUGCCAGGAAUAUGUGGGAUUUUUGCUGGUUCCUUGUAUCGUCUAAAUUUCUUCCACAUCCGCAAGGCAAAGUUCCCUGAGUUUGUUGCUUCAUUCUUUUCGCGGCUUUCUUGGCCAUCUGUUGGGAGUUCGUCUGCAGCACCAAGUAGGAAUGUUGUAGGAAGUGUGCCAUCCUACACAGGGCGCCAAGUGGAGAGAAGUUACCCUUCUCCCACGCCUUCCAGCAUAGAGCCGCCAGAAGACUCCAUUGCUAUGCUUGUUUCUAUGGGCUUUGACCGGAACUCUGCCAGACAGGCACUUGUGCACGCAAGAAAUGAUGUCAAUGCAGCUACAAACAUCCUUCUUGAAGCACAAUCUCACUAAUCUUGAAAGAAAAGAUUGAUGAGAAUGUGAAACCUGGACUUCUCGAACUCAGAACAGAAUCCCAUUGAUAUCAAGAUGUGGUGUUAAACUGAAAUGACCAGUCCGUUGACCUAUUUGAUUUGCUGCUUCAGGAAUACAUCGUGGCACUCGUCUAUUUUGAAGGGUUUUUCUUUUCUUUUUCUUUUUUGACACUGUUUAUCUAGAUCUGUAGUUUUAAUUCUUAACAUAUCACUAUAUAUACACCAAUAUCACUUCAGUUUAGGAGCCUGUAGAAUUAUUGACCCCAUAUUUGAAAAUAUGCAUUUCCUCACAAGGUUCAGACUUCAGACACUCUCAUUUCAUGCAAGCCGGCGCUUCAGUCAUAUGAUGAUCCCUUUCAGAUGCUGCUGAUAAGUUUGUAAAUUUGCUUAUCCUAGUAUUUGUUUUUGGGUCACUUCUACAGUUAGCCAUGCCUUCCUUUUUGCCUUUUGGGAAAUGUUUCAAUUGAUUCUUCUUUUCUGCAAAUCUCAUUGUUGGAAUUUACCCUUCCAUGAUUAUGUCUAUAAUGGGACUGCUGGAAACAGCAAAGGUGUCUUUCAGGCUUCUUAAUAAAGACAUAAUACAAUAUUUGAACUUAA